AUGUCUGAACAGCGGCCCACUCAGGUCGCCAGUGGCUCCAGUCAGCCGGCGAUAACCCAAGGUAUACUGUUUGGUGAGAGUGUUGUGCUCAUCUUCUUAGGCCCGGUCAUUGACCACCUUGCCUACCCACACAUCAUCGACAGUGUGCUCGCGCACGCCGAUGUCAAGCUCCUCCUCAGAUUUCGCCAGACUGCCACAAAGUAUUCAGCGCGCUGCAUUCAAGCUAUCGGGAGCCACCUGAUUGUGGGGUCGACAAACUCAUCUCCUCUAGUCCUCACAUCUUCCCGCGGCCCCCUUCCCCGACUGUCCGGCCUCUCCCCCAUCAGCUACGCGGAGAUUGAGCGGCGUAUCGACAACAGCCAGUGGCUAUACACCCACUGCCGUAUCCUCGACUUUCACGGCCAUACCGGGGCCAAGUGCCCCCCAUCCUUCAUCGGCGCGCUCACCAGCCUGCGCGCCCUCCGCAUUAUUUUGGUGCAGGACCUGUACACCAAUCACGGCCUCGACAAUCUCACUAUCCCGACACUCGUCGUGUUUGGCCCGCUUCCCGGCUACGAUCGCUCAUACCACCGUCUGUAUCUUUGGGAAGGGCCGUACCUCCCCAAGUCCCAUAAGCUGGCUUGGGUAGUAACAGCACUCUCGAAGCGCGUCCGUUCAGGGCCGCUGACCUUCCCGUUUGACGUACCCACCAGCGUCGUCCUUCAUCUGCGCCACUUUCGGCUCUUCUUUCAAGUCUUUUCCAAGCCCGACGACACCCUUGCCUGCCUUGGCAUGAUCGUACAUGAGAUCUUGCGGCGACAUGCCAGCACAACUGUCAAAGUUGUGGAGCUGGAGGCCAUCGCUUUCAACAAUGGAAGUGGCCCAGACCUCGACGAGUGUAAGGCAGGUCUCCUAAGGAUCGUCGAUCAGUACACGUCACGCCUUGUCUUCAUGACCUCCCCCGAGUACUGUGCGGAGUACGGCGCUGAGCAAUACUGUAUUGAGACUUGUGAGAAGCUGUGA